AAGUCGUUCGAAGCUUCUGGAUUUUACAGAUACACAGGAAGCCCACGUACAAGCUAAGCUACUUUGCAAGAGAUAUAUUUUCAGAAAUAAUGCCGUUUAUUAUUAUAACCCUUCAGGCGAUUAGUUGUUUUGUGCCAGCGUAUUAUGGAAUUACGAAUUUAUGCGGGGACUGAAAUCCCAGACAUUUCAAUGGCUUGUCAACACUCAAAAAAUGUUUUAUACCAUGCUGAAGUUUGCCUCAAAUUGUGAAGAGUAUAUGAAAGAGCCCAUUAUCAUGAUAAGCAACGAAAUUAACGACAACAUUUCAAGAUCUUCAGUGAUGUUUGAUAAACAAGAGCAUGAACCAGGCGACCAGUCUUAUCAAGAAACUUGUUUCAAGCGAAUUGAUGGCCCUUGGUCGUGGAUCAUGAGUGUUCUACUGAUGACUUCGUCUCUUUUCAUCUUUGGUUGUGCUUCAACUUAUGGAAUACUGUUUCCUAACAUACUAAAAGACUUCAAAUCAACUCGAGCUCUUACAGCUGCUCCUGGUUCAAUAGCUGUAGCCAACAUUGGGCUUCUGGGCCCAGUUAUAGGAAAACUAUGCGAUCAUUUUGGAUCUCGGAAAAUCUUAUUGCUGGGAAGUCUGGUAUCUGCAAGUGGACUUGUUGCUUCUUCGUUUGUACCAACUAUUGGUUUUUUAAUUGUAACAUUUGGAAUAGUUUUAGGCUCAGCAGUGGGCCUUGUUUACUUUAGCACAAUGGUUGCUGUUCCAGUGUAUUUCGACAAAUAUAAAUUUGAAGCAACAUCGCUAGUAUCAGUGGGGUGCGGGUCUUCUCUCUUGGCUAUGACUCCUAUUGUACAAAAUUUAAACCAAGCUUUGGACUGGAGAGGGUCGAUGCUCGCCAUGGCUAAAUUCUCUGAAGAUAUUGGUAUUGAUAGCUAUCGAUCAUCCUGGCUGUACUUCAUCAUUGGAUUCAGCUCUACGGCAUCUAGACUUCUUGUUGGAAAAUUUGGAAAAGUCGGUCCACUUCCUCUUCUAGAUAUAUUUCUUCUUGGAAGUGUGAUUCUCGCUUUGGGGAAUUUUGUUCUACCUUCUACAUCGGUGUACUAUGCGUUGGUGCUGUAUUCUACUGUCUACGGUGUAGGGGAGGGGUUAGUAUACACGCCGACGAUCAAUAUUGCAAUUGAGAGUGUACCAGCUGAUAAACGAGGGAGUGGUUAUGGUCUUUUCCAGAUGUGCGUUUGCUUGGCGUAUAUCAUUGGACCUAUUUUAUCAGGUUUUAUAGCAGACGUAAGUGGAUCAUACAACAAUGCCUUCUACACUGCUGGCUCGCUAGAAGUCUUUGCUGGAUGUCUAUAUAUUUUGUCUCGUUGUAUUCCAUCAUCAAAUAGAGAAGUUAUUUUGGAUGGCACUUUGGAUACACAACUUGUAGUAGUUGAGAAAGAAACCGUACUUUAGAUUGAUAAGGAA